GGAGAAUAUUGACAAAACGAAAGAGCCAAUAAUAAACAGACUUCACUAGUUGCCAAGACAGGUGGAGUUCGGAAAGGCAGGAAUUUUAAAAUUGCAAUGUAUAAAGAUUUAUAGAAUAAUGUGAUAAUUAUGAAAUAAAAUGAGUUCACAGAAUGAAGAAAGUAAUCAUGAAUUUAACUUCUUUCUGGAUAAGCAAAUUCAAACUAAGAUUUUAGAUUUUACUGAGAAUGAAAAACUUGAAGUGGAAAUUCAAAGUGCAGUAAAAGUUUCCAAAAAGUUGGAUUAUGAUUUUGAACUCUGCGAAUGGAUACCCAAAAAAGGAUUUACACCGAGAAAACCUGAGAAAGAUACAAAAGACAAUUUAGAAGUCAAAGUUCAUUUCUCUCAUAGAGACCGCGAUGGAUUACUUCCGAAUUCACUAAAACCAAAACAAUAUAACUUUAAACAUUAUACAGAUGUGAGCCAAUACAUGUUGCAAUAUCGAUUAGAAAAUUCAAGUACUCAGAACCAAAGUAACAGAACAAAAUCUGGGAAACAAAAGAAACAGAUUCUUAAAUCGAGACAGAGUAGCCGACAAAAAGAGGAUUCUUUAACGCAAUUGCAAAAUAAUUCUACAGAUAUUAAAGUUGUAGCAACUUUAGCAUAUAAAUAUAAACUUGAUCCUCGUGUCCCAAACUGGCCGUCAUCACCGGAGUCAACAGUUGAUAUAUACAGCAUUGAAGAUGGCGAGAGGAAAUCUGCAAGGGUUCCCUCUGCCAGAGAUACAAUUUCUGCAAGGGCCAGUGGGACGGUCAACUUGACCCCUACCAAAGGACGCAGCAAUACCUCAAGUAUAAGUUCCCCAACUAUAGGGUCCGCAAUAUCUACUAAGUCAAUGCACGUAACACCACAGGGAAUGUAUAAUCUAGAUGACCGAAAUGGACUACCAUCAAGUUUCAUUACAGAUUUAGGUACUCAUGAGAUGACAUCAUCUGUCACAUCAAAUGGGAGACAGAAAUCAAAGUCUGUUUCCCCAAGACUUGGAAGAACUCCGCACAAUGGAAGAACAUCAUCAAUCUUACAAAACAGAGGAAGGCUUCAGUUUGUAGAAUCCGAACGAGUUGCCUACCGUUUUUCAUCCAAAUUUGCAAACAGUUUAUUACGUUCCAAAUCAUUCCAUGGUCUUCCUGAUUCAAGUAAACUCGCUCAUACUGUAUACAGUGAGGCUAUUGCGAGGUUGAGGAUGUCAAGCGUAAUCAAGAAGGAGCGUUGUAAUAAUAGCAGUGCCAGCAGUUUCAGUAGCUACAAUAUUAGCGCCAACAGCAUUAGUGAUGGCAGUAUCAAACCCGGCAGUAUUAAUGCCAACAGCAUUAGCCCAAACAGCAUUAGUGACAACAGCAUUAACACGAGUCGUAGUAAUAGCGCAACAAGUAUUAACAAAUCCCCUCGUGAAUUCGGCCCUGGUGGUGAUAGCCUUUCAAUUGAAGACAUUAAAGAUAUAACAAAAGACUUGAGAAUCACAGAAACAAUUUUGUCAAAUCAAUUAAACAGUGAUAUGGACAGAACAAAAAGUGCCAGUUAUGGAGAAAGUAAAAAACAAUUUACGUUGUCAAAUCUUUUGGGGGAAACCUCCAGAAGUUAACAAAAUAUUGUGAAUUAUUUAGAAAUGAAAAAUGUGAGUUACAUUUGAAACUUUUCUAUUUGGAUUUUCAUAGUAGGAGUCUCAACACAAGAAACUGGUCCUAUCACAGAGCCAAAAAACGUGGAUAUGGCGAUCAAUUUUUAUCUAAACUUUUUGUGUAUUAACAAUUAAACAUUUGAAAAUAAGUCUUGUGAAAAAAAAUAUUACUAAGACAGACAAGAAAAGAUAUUUCACUUUUUGUGAUUGUUUAACAUUAGCUCUAUGGUGA